GGGGGCGGCCGCUCUGGCCGGGGUAUGAGCCGCCCGGCUCCGCCCCAGCGCCCGCGUCUCGCUGCUCCCGGCUCGGCCAGGCCUCGCCAUGGCCCGGCUGGCGGAUUACUUCGUGCUGGUGGGCUACGAGCUGGACAAGCGCGGGAGCAGGGAUGGCCAGGGGCAGAUACUCCAGCGCUUCCCGGAGAAGGACUGGGAGGAUAACCCCUUCCCACAGGGCAUUGAACUGUUUUGUCAGCCGAGCGGUUGGCAGCUCUUCACGGAGCGGAAUCCCCCCACCUUCUUCGUCGCUGUGCUGACGGACAUCAGCUCCGAGCGGCAUUACUGCGCCUGCUUCACUUUCUGGGAGGCUGUCGAGAGUGCCCAGUCUCAGAGCCAUUCAAGGAAUGGUGAGGAGGAGGAAGAGGAGUCGUCAUCCCUCGUCCAGCCUGCGCAGCUCUUUGCUCCUAAGAGUUUGGUGCUAGUGUCACGACUGGACCAUACUGAGGUUUUCCGGAACAGCCUGGGUUUGAUUUACACCAUCUACGUGGACGGGCUGAGCGCAUCGUUGGAGAACGUCAUUGGAAACCUCUUGACAUGUACCAUCCCCAUUACAGGGGGAGCUCAGCCUGACGUGGAGGACGAAAAAGCGAGGACGAUCUCUCUAGGGGCAGGCGACAGGCAGGUGAUCCAGACGCCCAUCAAUGACUCUCUCCCCGUCAGCAGCUGCAGCGUAGCACUGCUCUUCCGGCAGCUCGGGAUCACCAACGUGCUGUGUCUCUUCUGUGCUGCACUCACCGAACACAAGAUCCUGUUUCUCUCCAGCAGUUAUCAGAGACUCACAGAUGCCUGCCGGGCCCUUCUUGCGCUUAUGUUCCCCCUCAAGUACAGUUUCACGUACGUGCCCAUCUUGCCUGCACAGCUCCUUGAGGUGCUCAGCACUCCCACGCCCUUCAUCAUUGGCGUCAGCUCCAUCUUCCAGUCGGAGACGCAGGAACUGUUGGAUGUCGUCAUAGCAGAUCUGGAUGGUGGGACGGUGACCAUCCCAGAGUGCAUUCACAUCUCCCUGCUGCCUGAGCCACUGCUCCAUCAGACACGAGAAGCCCUCUCCAUGAUCUUGGACCCUGAGCUGGAGGUAGCAGACUUAGCAUUCCCCCCAUCAACCGUCUCUGCCUCCUCCCUCAAAAUGCAGGACAAGGAGAUCCGAGCUGUCUUCCUCCGUUUGUUUGCACAGCUGCUGCAGGGCUACCGCUGGUGCCUGCACAUCAUCCGAAUCCACCCAGAGCCAGUCAUCCGCUUCCACAAGGCAGCCUUCCUCGGUCAGAGGGGGCUGGUGGAGGAUGACUUCCUCACCAAGGUCCUGGAGGGCAUGGCGUUCGCUGGCUUUGUGACCGAGAGGGGUGCCCCAUACCGAGCAAUUGACCUGUUUGAUGAGCUGGUCGCCUAUGAAGUGAAGCGGAUGCGUGCUGAGGAGGGGAGCAAGCAGAAAAUACUGCGGCACAUCAAGGAGCUGGCAGAGCAGCUCUAUAAAAAUGAGAACCCGUACCCCGCAGUGACAAUGCACAAGGUGCAGAAGCCCACAGAUGGCUGCCACCUGCGCCUACACCAGAGGCCUUUUCCCCGCUUGGAUGAGGGGACAGUCCAGUGGAUCAUCGACCAGGCUACUGCCAAGCUGCAGACAGCCCCGCCGGCUGUGAAGGCGGAGAAGAAGUGUAUGGUGCCAUCGGGACCCCCCAUUGCUGCCAUCAUGGAGCGCAAUGGCAGUGCCCUGGCCAACAGCGCCCGCCGCCUGGAGGUGGUCAGGAACUGCAUCUCCUACGUCUUUGAGAACAAGAUGCUAGAAGCCAAAAAGCUGCUUCCAGCUGUACUAAGGGCCAUGAAGGGCCGAGCAGCCAGACACUGCCUGACUCAGGAGCUGAACCUGCAUGUGCAGCAGAACAGGGCCGUACUGGACCACCAACAAUUCGACUUCAUUGUCCGCGUGAUGAACUGCUGUUUACAGGACUGCACUGCCAUGGAUGAGCAUGGGAUUGCAGCAGCACUUUUGCCACUAGUCACUGCUUUCUGCCGAAAACUCAGCCCGGGCAUCACACAGUUUGCCUACAGCUGUGUGCAGGAACACGUCGUGUGGACCAACAUCCAGUUCUGGGAGGCCAUGUUCUACUGCGAUGUGCAGAACCAUAUCCGAGCCCUGUACCUGGAGAGCAAUGAGGAGAACCACUUGGAUGAGGAGGGCAAGGAGGGGCCUCAGGAAGAGAAAUCUGCCCUGGAGAUUGCGUCGGAGCAGCGGAGGCUGUGGCCUACCAUGAGCCGAGAGAAGCAGCAGGAACUGAUCCAGAAGGAGGAGAGCACAGUCUUCAGCCAGGCCAUCCACUACGCAAACCGCAUGAGCUAUCUGCUGCUACCCCUCGACACCAGCAAGAACCGGCUGCUGCGCAGCUCGGGGCUGGGCGAUGUGGAGAGCGUCAGCAACAGCUUUGUCACCAACAGCAUUGCCGGCAGCGUGGCCGAAAGCUACGACACGGAAAGUGGGUUUGAGGAUGCUGAGAGCUCUGAUGUGGCCAACUACGUGGUGCGCUUCAUCAACCGCUUCGUGGACAAGGUGUGCACGGAGAGCGGCGUCACCAAUGAGCACCUGAAGGGGCUGCACAUCAUGAUCCCUGACAUCGUGCAGAUGCACAUAGAAACACUGGAUGCUGUGCACAGGGAGAGCAAGAGGCUCCCUCCUAUUCAGAAGCCCAAGCUGCUGCGCCCCAGCCUGCUGGUGGGCGAGGAGUGUGUCAUGGAAGGGCUCCGCGUGUACCUCAUGCCUGACGGACGUGAAGAAGCUGCCGGAGGCAAUAUUGGGGGCCCCCCACUGCUCCCUGCCGAAGGAGCCAUCUUCCUCACCACUUAUCGCAUCGUUUUCAAGGGCACCCCCACAGACCCACUGGUGGGGGAGCAGGUUGUGGUCCGGUCCUUCCCCAUUGCCUCAUUGACCAAAGAGAAGAAGAUCAAUGUCCAGCCCCAGGUUGAUCAGCUCAUGCAGAAAGAGAAGAAGAUCAGUGUCCCGGCCCAGGUGGAUCAGCUUAUCCAGGAGGUGCUGCAGCUGCGCUCAUGCACGUUCCAGUUGCUGCGGAUCGCCUUUGAUGAGGAGGUGGCUUCAGAAAGCGCCGAGGUCUUCAGGAAGCACCUGCACAAGCUGCGCUAUCCCCAGCACGUACGUGGCACCUUCGCCUUCACCGUGGGCCAAUCACCCAAGCAAGCCAUGCAGCCCAAGGCCAAGGAGAAAAACCCCUCACUCAGGACACUUUCCAAGAACCUGAUGAAGAAUGCCAAGAAGACCAUUGGCCGACCGUACGUGACCCGCAAGAAGUACACACCACCUACUUGGGAGCAGCGCAGCAGUCAGCACUUCCAGGAUGACGACGAGGACGAAAUCUCAGUGUCUGAAGAGAUAGACAGAAGCACCCUGACCCCCUCCACUAUCAUCAAACCUUCAGACAAGAUGACCCUGAGCCACCUAGUGGAGCGAGCCUGCUGCCGUGACUACCAGAGGAUGGGGCUGGGCACGCUGAGCAACAGCCUCACCCGCUCCAAGAACGAGCCCUUCCGCAUCUCCACGGUGAACCGCAUGUACGCCAUCUGCCGGAGUUACCCAGGGCUGCUGAUUGUCCCGCAGAGCAUCCAGGACAACACCAUCCAGAGGAUCUCACGCUGCUACCGCCAGAACCGCUUCCCUGUCAUCUGCUGGAGGAACUCCCGCACCAAGGCUGUGCUGCUGAGGUCGGGGGGGCUGCACGGCAAGGGUGUCGUGGGCCUUUUCAAGUCGCAGAACGCCCCUACUACAGGCCAGUCGCAAACAGACUCCACCAGCCUGGAGCAGGAGAAGUACCUGCAGGCAGUGAUCAACUCCAUGCCGCACUAUGCUGAUGCCAGUGGGCGCAAUACGCUCAGCGGCUUCACCUCUGCGCACAUGAGCAGCACAGAUUCUUCCGACAAGAGGCAGCCCAAGCUGGGAUCGCUCAUGAAGCAGGUGAUGGGAGGGAAGGACGAUGGGCCAGGCACUAUUAGCCGAGGAGUGCUAGGUCCCAGAGCUAGGGUGGUCACUCUGUCCACCCCCAAGGGUGCAUCGGUGAAGGGCCGCGAAAGUCCCCGAGGCAAGUGGGGCAGCAUCCGGGCCAGCGGGCGCAUGAGCAACUAUGUCUUGAACAUGGAGAUCGGGUCCCGCCUGGCUGGGAAGGACCUGCUGAGCGCUCAGCACAAUGGGGCCCCCUCUGAGGCCAGCUUCCUGCGCCAGCACCGGGCCUCCCUCUACAUCAUUGGGGACAAGUCGCAGCUGAAGGGAGUGAAGCCAGACCCGCUGCAGCACUGGGAGGUGGUGCCCAUUGAGGUGUUUGACGUGCGGCAGGUGAAGGCCAGCUUCAAAAAGCUGAUGAAGGCCUGCGUGCCCGGCAGCCCCUCCACAGACCCCAGCCUCGCCUACCUGCGGACCCUGGAGGAGUCCGAAUGGCUGUCCCAGAUCCACAAGAUCCUGCAGAUCUCGGUGCUGGUGGUGGAGCUGCUGGAUACAGGUUCCUCUGUGCUGGUCAGUUUGGAGGAUGGCUGGGAUAUCACCACACAGGUGGUGUCCUUGGUGCAGCUGCUGUCAGACCCCUACUACCGGACAAUGGAGGGCUUCCGGCUCCUCGUGGAGAAGGAGUGGCUGUCCUUCGGGCACCGCUUCAGCCACCGUGGAGCCCAGACCCUCGCUGGUCAGAGCAGCGGCUUCGCUCCUGUCUUCCUGCAGUUCCUGGACUGUGUCCAUCAGAUCCACCUCCAGUUCCCCAUGGAGUUCGAGUUCACCCAGUACUACCUGAAGUUCCUCAGCUACCACUAUGUCUCCAAUCGGUUCCGCACCUUCCUGCUGGACUCGGACUACGAGCGGAUUGAGCUGGGCCUCCUGUAUGAAGAGAAGGGCGAGCGGAAGAGCCAGCAGGUCUACAAGUCCAUCUGGGAGUACAUUGACCGGCUGAACAAGAAAACCCCUGUCUUCUUCAACUACAUAUACGCUCCCGAGGAUGGGGAGGUGCUGAGGCCAUACAGUAACAUCUCCAACCUGAAGGUGUGGGACUACUACACCCAGGAGGUCCUGUCCGAGGGCCCCUCCUACGACUGGGAGCUGGUGCAGGGGCAGCCGGAGCACGUGGAGGAGGUGGAUCGGCAGGACUCCAGUGCCCCACAGACCAAGCGCAAAAUCAUCUGGCCGUGCUACGACAACCGCAGCCGAGUGGAACCCGACGCCAUCUCCAAGCUGCUGGAGGAGCUGCACAACCUGGAGGCAGAGCUGGGCCAGGUGCCGGAGCGCUGGAAGGACACGUGGGACAAGGUCAAAGCUUCCCAGCGCACAGAGGCCCGGCAGGAGGCCAGCAGGAUGGCGUCCAGUUCCCUGCUGAUGUCCUCCAGCCUGUUGCCCCACCGGCGCUCGCUGGGGGUCUACCUGCAGGAGAGCAGCGUGGGCUCCACUCUCAACCUCAGCCUGGACAGCGACACCAGCAGCACCUCUACCCCGUCCAGCGGGAAGCAGGGGGGCCGCAAGAGCACCAGCAACCUCUACAGCCAGUUCCAGAUGUCGGAGAGCGAGAACAGGUCCUACGAGGGGACGCUCUACAAGAAAGGAGCCUUCAUGAAGCCCUGGAAGCCCCGCUGGUUCGUGCUGGAUAAAACCAAACAUCAGCUGCGGUACUAUGACAACCGGAUGGACACGGAGUGCAAAGGGGUCAUUGACCUGGCAGAAGUGGAGUCCAUCACCCCCGGCACCCCCACCAUGGGGGCCCCCAAGACAGUGGAGGAGAAGGCCUUCUUCGAUCUGAAGACGACGAAACGAGUUUACAAUUUCUGUGCCCAGGACGUGCAGCUGGCCCAGCAGUGGAUCGACCGCAUCCAGAGCUGCUUGUCGGACGCGUGAGACCGGCUCAGCAGCAGCCCCCGUUCCAGGCAUGGAGUCCCCCAGGCCCCGGUGCAUGAAGCAGAGGCAAUGCCCAGGGUUAGCACCGGAGCUGGCCCAGGUCUGACUGACUGACGGAGGAGGAUCUCCCCCACUGCCAGGGGCACAUCGUACUGGAAGCCCCAGGCCCCCUGUGUGUUCAAGGACAGUAGCAGGGGUCAGGGCAGGAUCAGUGUGUUACACUAUGGUAGGAACUGUCCAGCACAGGAACUAAUUGCAUUGAAAUGUCAGGCUAGAGGCAGUGGGGAUCCAUUCGUACAAGCCCACUAAGCCUGUCUGAGCCACAUAAUUACCGGCUCCCACCCCAGGCAGGAUAUGGGUCUGGGGUCCCUGGCUGGGCAUUGCGGCUCCCACCCCUGGUAGGACAUGGACCUGGGGUCCCGGCUCCCACCCCAGGCAGGAUAUGGGCCUGGGGUCCCUGGCUGGGCAGCGUGGCUCUCGCCCCAGGCAGGACAUGGACCUCAGGUCCCAGCUCUCACCCCAGGCAGGAUAUGGGCCUGGGGUCCCUGACUGGGCAGCGCGGCUCCCGCCCCAGGCAGGAUAUGGGCCUGGGGUCCCUGGCUGGGCAUUGCGGCUCCCACCCCAGGCAGGACACGGGCCUGGGGUCCCGGCUCCCACCCCAGGCAGGACACGGGCCUGGGGUCCCGGCUCCCACCCCAGGCAGGAUAUGGGCCUGGGGUCCCUGGCUGGGCAUGGCAUUUGUCUUGAGCAGUGCUCUGGUUCUCUUGCGAAUGCUGUAGGGUCUUACUGGCCCUUUGCUGGGAGAGGCUUCAGGAGGUGCUGUGCAUUGAACAACCCCCCCCCCCCCCCCUUCCCACCAUGGGGGAGCAGGAUGAGCUUUCCCUGGUUACACCUCUGCACUCCAAGUGAACCUGCCGCCAGCCCCUUGGGGCACUUGGCCCAGCCCUUCUGAGUGGCACUAGGCUGAGGUCCUGAGCUCAGGGUUAGCCUGUCCAGCAAGGCCAGAGGAGAGCUCCAUGGACAGUAGGCCAGGAGUACUGGGACCAUCCUGCUCACCCCAUGUCCAGCAACUGGGCCAUAUUCCUCCCCGGGGCAGGCACAAUCUCUGCUGGCACAGUGUCUGCACAAGAAAGAGGGGCUCCUCCCUGUCCUGCUUCGGUGGGAUGGGGUGGUGUCUCAUUAGCAGUAUUGUAGCUUUAGAGUCAGCUCCUCUUUUGGUCUGCCCCUAGCGGGGGAGGGGUGAAACAGAGGACUGGGACCUGCUUAUAUUCUUGGUCCCACUGCCCGGGGAAACCUGUGCUCGCUCAGGCUGCGGGGAGCAGGUUCCCCUGACGUGGCACCAGGGCAUCUGGCAGUGUAGCUCCCCCGCUGCAGGCUGGAUUGCUCUGGCACAGCCCUGGAGCCUCCAUCCCUCUCCCUGCAGUGGCUGGGGCGUGGGGCUGGGCAUUUGCCCCCAGGAUAACAAGGCCAGUUACAGGGACUGGCCCGGGGCCUGUGUACAGGAGCAGUGUGGCAUGAGCCCCUCACCUACCAGCCACGCUGCCCCGGGAGUGAAGUGGCCUGAGCUUGGAGAUCAUAGUACAGAGCUGCUGCCUUUUCUCUGUCAGCUCUCUCGGGGCUCUCUGCUGCUUCUGCAGCACCAGCCCCCACAGCUUGUGCUUGGAUCCCCAGCCCCUGGGCUCGCAGCGGCAAGUCUCCAUGCAGCCACUGUCUGCCAGCCGCAGAGCAAGGCCUGUGCUUUGAGCCGGGACACGCCCCAGCCUUGAGGGGGAAGGCAGGGAGCUCUUCACGGCCAUUGUGCUGUGGGGCCAAGCUCAGCUCCUUGAGAUCCCCACUGUGCUGAGCUGUUCAGGGCUCAGCUCCUGACCCCCUGAACUGUGUACCAGGGACAAACUUGUACUUUAGCCCCUGCUCUCUAGCACUUCCACUAGCCCAGACCUGCUGCCCUCCCCAGCCUGCUUCCUGCAGUAACUGAUUGUCAGUGCAAAGGUGGAAUCAUGAGAUGGAGGCGAUGGCAUCUCUGGUACAGAAAUAAAUCCCCUGUAUGCUCCCCUCUCCCCGGUUUGCACCUUGGCAAGCUUAGCCCCCAGCAGCUCAUGUGCUAGAGCUGUGUGCUUGUCCCAAAGCCCAGCGGGCACCUGCCUGUGGUCCCUUGGGGCCAAGGAGCUGCCUGUUCACAUGAGAUGGUUCCUGGCCUCGGUAGCACUCCAGCACCCCCCCCCCCUCGGUUACAGUUCACCAUCUUCCUGCCAUUGCCCCUUGGGCCUGGGACCUGCCCUUUCCCUCCCCCUGCCAGCUGCUCAGAGCCAAGGCAGCUGACGGUUCUACCUGUCUUGUUUUUAAAGGAGUACAAUGUUUUAUUUCAGUGCAGAGCUCUUUGUACAGUCUUAACCCCCAGGGGCCCUUCUUCCUUUUCCUGUAUGAUAAUGGCGGUGGCAGGUAGCUGGUGCAACAGGGAGGUUUUUGUAACUUCCUGGAGCAGUUGUAGAUUAUUGAAGUUUCUGUACAUUGUGUCAAACAUACAGAGUCCUUGUAUUGUAUUGUGCCUAGAGGGAAAACGUUAUAUAAAGAGAAAACUAACUGAAUUUAAUAAAAAAUUAAUAUGCA